AUGUCUUGCGGUUUCUGGUACGAACACAGCUUGGCCGGUUGUUCAGAUCGGUUCGGUCUUGACAUCAGGAAUAAGUCAAUCACGUUCCUUGAUGGUGGUAACAUCAAGGUGAAAUCUUCCACCUGGGUCCAGUGUGGUCGUGGUCUGGCUGCGUUUCUCAGUUUCAAGCGGCUCUCAGACGACGAGAAAGAUGCCCCCUUCGCUGUCCAGAGCUAUUCAAACGACGUGUUCUAUAUAUCGAGCUUCUUGAUAUCUCGGCACGAAAUGUUUGAGAGCAUCAAGCGGGUGACGGGCAUGGUAGACUUUGACUGGGAUGUCAAAUAA